AUGACCCGCUUACGGGUGCCUGUCCUAGAAGCUCUGAUCCAAGAGGCAGGGGUAAUAUUGUCGGACGGUGGUAAACGCAGCACGAAACUGAAGAUGGCCGAAGCUUUGCUGGCCGAACCCAUUCACUGUGCCCCAAUGAACGAGGAGGAUCGGAUGCAAAUAGAUGAUGGUGCAUUCAUCACGGAGGAAUUAGUAAAGCAGUGUGCAGCCGAAGUAGAAGGGAAAAACGACCAGAAAGGCAUAUCUGGCGAAGUCCUCACAGACGUAGAGAUCAACCAAAUUCAGGCAGAACUGCGCAGCAUCGAGCGACCUUCGUGGCACCACGGACCACCGAAGAACCUGGGGGAAGCAGACCACGGUAAGCUCAAGGCAGAGCAAUGGCGGUCUGCAAUCGAAUUCGACUUACCAGUGACUCUCGCAAAACUCUGGGGGACGGAUCAUACGAAGCCUGGUGAUGAAAAUGGAAAACAGAGGCAGAAGUUAGCUCAUAGCACAAUGCUGCUGGCGAUGGCAAUCCGAUGGGGAACAUCACAUGUAACAUCGGCGCACCAUGCUCAGCAAUACGCUAUAUACAUGAAGGCGUACCUAGAGUGCAUCCGAGACAUUUUUCCAAGCCAUUCUUUCCGCCCUAACCACCACGCCUGUCUCCACCUUCAUGAGUUUCUUCUAAGAUACGGACCUAUGCACAGCUGGUGGAUGUUUCCCUUUGAGAGGAUCAUCGGAGGCCUGCAGAAAACCAAUACGAACUACAAGAUUGGGGAGCUAGAAAAAACUAUGUUAGAGUCAUUCUGUGCAGCUGCACGCGUCAAGGCAAUGCUUCAAGAACCUGGCGCACCUGAUGUUCUCAACAAAGCAGCUGACAUCCUGCAGCGAUGCUGCGCUCCAUUCGCAGAAGGAGAAUUUCGUACAGACACUGGUAUCCUGCACGCAGCAAUAGAACCAAUUCCAUAUGUCUCGCAUGUCGAAGCAAAUAUCAUCAAGACCCCUAUUUCAGCGGUCGUCCGACACACAUGGGAAAAGGCAAGGACUCAACUGCAUGGAAACGACCACAUCAUCACCGAGUAUAAAUGGCUGAACAUAGCAGGAUUGCAAUAUUGCAGCCGCAACUAUUCACAGGCGGAUAGUUGUGUGUUCUUCAAGAACACAUCAGCUAAAUUUGUACCAGGUGUUAUUGAACACAUGUUUUCUGUGGAGGAGGAUGACGAGCGGGUUUACUACAUCACGGUCAGAUGUUACUUACCUGUAGCUGCGGGGUACAAAGACCCCUUUCUAGGCUACAGCGACUUCGGUGCACAGAUAUGGAGCUGCACUUUUAACAGCCAGCUUGAUAUUGUACCGGCAAUGAACAGGGACUUUGGUGCAUGA